AAAAAAGGGUUUUUUACCUUAAACUUACAUCAAUUGACAGACAAAGAUGUCACUUCCAAUCGAAGGGAAAAACACGCAAAGAUACAGGUUCUUUCGGGGAAGAGCAAUAGCUGCGAACGCGUUACGCAUAAAAAGAAAGUAAAAGAGCUGCCUUUUUUUCUCCUCUCUGCGGCUCUUCUGGUCUUUGUUUGCCAAACCAUUUCUUUGUCUCUGUUCGAUACACCUCUUUUUCCAGUCUUUUUUUCUUUAGUUUGGUUCCACAACACCUCUCUUUUGUAAUCUUCUCCGAGGUGAAGAAAACCACCUUUUUCUCUUCUCGUCUCCUCUUCUGCUUCUUUUCUUCCUCUUUUCUACGAGCACUCUUACAAAGAAGAAUAACUUCUCUUUGGUUCUCCGGGCCUUGUUCUCUUCUUACCAUGUCCGGUGAGAUUUGGCACUCGAAGAAGGAGAAAGAUGGUUGAUUUUUCAGGAACUUCCAGUAUAACUCAUCAAUCUUCGCAUGAGAAGCAGGCAGUCGGUCCAAGUUAUUCGGAGAAUGAAAUGCCAUUAAUCUCCAAGUGGUGGGCAGACACCUCUCACCUCUCCUCCAUUAACGAUGGGCAAAGAGGGUCUACAAGCGAGAGAGGAUCCAGAGGAAGGAAGACUGUCAUCUUGGAGAGAGCUUGAAGGAGAAGAUGGAAGAUGUAUUCCCAGUUGGCCAAGAAUCAUUAGAGGAUAAACACAAGAAGAAUAAUGCUGGGGUUGAGAACGACAACCACUACACCCUGUCGGAAUGCAAAUUGGACUGUGAGCAUGUCACCAACAAGCUACCGUUGAUUUUGGAUAUCAAGCAACCCAAAAGAUGUCGAAGAUGCUGCCAGUUGCAUAAAUCUUGUUCUCGCACCAAUCAAUUCGUCCUGUCGGAUUCUUUCGAUUUCUCCAGUGGAACUCAUGAGGCGGACUUCGGUUUGGAGACUCUCCGUAUUUUUUGCCGGAAGAGUUCCUCGUUGACUCUCCCGGGCCUCAAGUCAAACUCUAAACAGCAAAGGAAAUCACGAAGCACACACAGCGUGACUGAUCUCGUGGCUGAAUGUUCUCCUGUAGCUCGAUCAGGAAAUAUAGUUGUGAGUCCUUGGAACAGACGGGUAUUUGAUUCGAUAGAAGCAACUUUGAGAUCGAGAGGCCUCAUGAAAAGCCCAGUAAUUCUUGGAACAGCUUCACCAGAUGAUGACAUGAAACGGGUUAGGACAAAAUCAAUCAGCUUAAGCGAUGCGAAAUCCCCCGAGUCGAUAUCCUUUCAUUCUGGGCUUCAGAAUUCAACAUCGGGCAGUCCCAGAAUAGUGGCCACACCUUGCAGAAGGCAAAGUUCCGAGUUAAGCAUCUCCCAGGAGAUGCCUUCUUCUUGCUCGGAUACAUCGUACCGGACCGAUUCAUCUGCAGGCUUCAAUUCUGCACUGCUUCACUGUGUUUGGGAGGAUGGAAAUCCUUACUUUGUGUUCUCUGUGGGCGAGGAUCAAGCUGAUGUAUACAUGGCCAGUCCUCAUAAGACCAAGUCUUCAGCUGACAGGGCCCUGGAUUACAUCUAUCUGUUCCAUGCAUGCAAGAACAACAGAAAAAAAUCAGAGUUCCAUCUUCAUAAUGGCUCAAUAUUUGUUGCUAAGAUGAAGGUGCGAAGUUCUCUAGUUCUCAAUUCCAGCAGAACUAAAUUUGUAGAGUCUGAGUUUGUUCUGUCUGCUGCUAAAGAGGACUCAUUCAAUGAAAUGCAAAGAUCCUCUCCUUGUUUCACCAAAAGCAAGGGGAUGACCGGAAGGUUGUCUGAGAUAUUUAGGCGAAGUCAUCGGUACAAAUCCAACUCCAUCAAAAGAGUUGGUGGUGGAUCAAGCUGUCAGGUUGAGGACCUGCCACAAACGUAUGCGAGCGAGUUAGGAAUCAUCGAUGAAACAGGCUGCCCAAAGCUCCCAUCUGAUGAUAUUCCACACAACCUCGAGUUGGCAGCAAUAGUCGUGCAAGACUUUGGGUACCAAAGCAAGCAUUUAGCAAGCUUUGAUGGUUGGGGCCUCAAGUUUCUUGAGAAAGCUGGAACUGAUUCUUCUCAAGGUCCUCCAUCUUCUUCUGCUAGAUACAAGGAAAACUACACGGAACACAUGAACUCAGACAGGAAUGUGAGUGUUCUACUCCCAGCCGGAUUUCAUGGUGGUCCAAUGGCCAGAGCUGGUGGCCCUUCCAGUCUCACCGAGAGAUGGAGGUCCAAUGGACAUUGCGACUGUGGUGGAUGGGAUGUUGGGUGUCCUCUGACAAUACUUAGCAACAACAAUUCCAUCUAUUCAGAAGGACUAGAAGAAACAGAAGAUGAUUGUAAGCCUCUCCGCCUUUUCAUAGAGGUGAGUUAGUAGUAUGCAUUCCAGAACUGCCUGCCUUAUAUUUGUUCACGUAGUUGUAUUGGUAGAGAACUUGUCAGAACUAUAGUACUUAAAUAGCAUCCUAGACCAUCUCAUGGAUGUCUCCCCCAAACCCUUUUUCUUUCAUGCUUUUGGACCUGAUUGUGUCAAGGUGACUUGCAUCUCUAUCUUCUAAUUUCAAAACCAUCCUUCCCUUGUGUCAUCAUGUCAUCAUUUUCCUGCUCAAUUCUCCCCUAGUUGUGAUCUGAUCAUGAUACUUGUCUGAUGCUUCUUUCAAGUUCAGGGAAUUUGUAAUUGUCUGGAGAAAUGCACACUUGAUCUGACUGUUUGUGUUUUAGUUGACUUGGCCUCUAAUGUAUUGCAUGUAUUAAGCCAUGAUUUGCUUGCCUCAUAUCUGAAUUCUGCUUUCCCCUCAACCUUGCCCAGUAAUUUUGAUGUUUCUGAAGUAGAGCAUAAGGCAAAGGUAAAUUGUUAGUGACGGGAGAUAAAAUGCACUUUGUCGAGCUGCAGUCAGAAAACAACAAAAAGAAAAAGGAAAAAGAAACUGAGAGAUGCUUUGCUAUCUACCACAGUACACUGCAAAGAUACUAAUAUGGCAUAAAUUGCUGUUUCCCAGGGUGCCAAGCAAGAUGGACUCACUUUCAGUUUCAGAAUGUUCAGUGCGAGCAGAGACGUCUACAUCGUUUACUUCCAGCCAACUCUUUCAGCUCUGCAGUCAUUCUCCAUAGGAGUAGCAAUGAUCCAUUCAGAGUGCUCAGAUCUGUGUCCACAAUGGUGACAAGUAUCAUACUACGUUAACCCUCUUUUUCUUUUGUGACGUUUCCAUAUCCAAGUGAUAAUACAGAUGUGUAGCAUUCUUUAUCCCCUUGCAUUUUUCUAGACUGAUGCUCUUUAGGUUCUCGUUAGUUCAAUCACAAUGUAGUUUGGAACAGUAUCUUUUGGAU